CAUUAUUAAAAAUUUCAAAAAUUCCUCAUAAUAUAUUAUUUCUUCAUACGUUAUACGAUCAUCUUAAUAUUUAACUACAGUUUACGUCAAAUCUUCAAGAUCACGAAUCUUUUAAAAUUAUUAAUAAGUUGCAGGUCGAGAGAUAGUAGAGAGAAGAACUAACGAAAGAAGAAUGAGAAGACGGAAGAGAAAACAGCUGUCAUUCCAUUAUUGUUUGAGGACUAUACAAAGAAAGAACCGUUGCGAAUCAUCUCUUCUUCGUAGAUGCUGAUGACGAUGGAUAACCGUUUGGAUUCAAUGAACCAGGUGGUGGAAGAGAUCACGAGACUCCACAGAUCUUUACCACCUAGACCAGACAUCGACGACGUCGAAGCCGCGACUUCCCUCGUCCAUAACGUCGAAAACGACGAUCAUAACCGCUCGGACGCCAUUGACAGAAGCUCCGAGGUUGUUGUUCCUCGGGAGCUUCUCGACGUGCUGCAGGAGAUGAGGAGAGGCCUCGUUCGUUUCCAGAGCAAAGAGCAGAAGCGAGAGGCCGAGAAAGUGCUCGAUCUCGAAUCUGCACACGUCCUGUUCGACGAAUUGAUUCAGAGAGCUUCUCGUUGCUGCGUCGUUGCCUCUGAUCAGACUCCUGUCAACGAGUCCAAGGAGAUGAUGUUCACGCGCGACGAUACGUUUGUUACCAAGGUCAAAUCCUCGCUCUACAGUGACGGUUUUUUAGCUCCACGCAAGCCUCAGGUUCUGGAUUCAACACUCCACGCUAAGAAACUCACUGGCCAUGAUGGGGAGAAGUUGAGUCUCACAAAGCUUGCUACUUUGAUUGAAGUGUCGGCCAAGAAAGCUACUCAGGAGCUGAAUUUGCAGCACAAGCUGAUGGAUAAUCUGGAGUGGCUUCCGGAUUCUCUAGGAAAUUUAUCGAGUCUAGUAAGGCUGGACCUGUCUGAGAAUUGCAUCACGGCGCUACCAACGACCAUUGGAGGGCUUUUGUCUUUGACGAGGCUCGAUUUGCAUUCGAAUAGAAUCGGUCAGGUUCCCGAGUCUAUAGGAGAUUUGACGAACUUGGUCAACCUGAAUCUCAGUGGAAACCAGUUGACGUCUCUUCCAACGUCUUUGAGUAGACUGGUCAAUCUAGAGGAGCUUGAUUUGAGCUCUAAUAGCCUCUCUGUUCUCCCUGAAACCAUUGGUUCUCUCGUGAGCCUCGAGAAGCUCGACGUUGAGACAAACAAUAUCGAAGAGAUUCCUCAUAGUAUCUCGGGUUGUUCUUCGCUGAAAGAGCUCCGUGCGGAUUACAACAGGCUUAAAGCUCUUCCGGGAGCUGUUGGGAAGAUAACUACCUUGGAGGUUUUGACCGUCCGUUACAAUAACAUUCGGCAGUUACCUACGACGAUGUCCUCCAUGGCUAACCUCAAAGAGCUGGACGUGAGUUUCAACGAGCUCGAGUCAGUACCAGAGAGUUUGUGUUAUGCUACAACGCUUGUUAAGCUGAACGUUGGGAACAAUUUUGCCAACCUGAGAUCACUCCCGGGGUUAAUAGGCAACCUUGAGAAGCUCGAGGAGCUUGAUAUGAGCAAUAACCAGAUCCGUUACCUUCCUUACUCUUUCAAAGCGCUUUCUCAGCUGCGUGUUCUUCAGACUCAGCAAAACCCACUUGAAGAGCUUCCAAGGGAUAUAAUCCAAAAGGGGGCUCAGGCCGUGGUUCAGUACAUGAAUGAUCUAGUGGAGGCAAGAAACACCUAAUCUCAAAGAAGUGAAAAGCAGAAGAAGAGCUGGGUCGACAGAAUCUGCUUCCUCUGCAAGUCCACGAACUAAGAGAACACGGAGCCACUCUUGAACAAAAUCUGACUUCUUACAACUCCUAUAAGUCCAAUCAAAGAUACCAAUGUAUACUUUGUAUUUGUUCAUACCUGAGAAAAAUGUAAUUCCAUUUCGUAAUGUCAAAUUGGUUGUAUUCUUGUUUCUCUUGUUGUAACUUUCUUCUUUUUGAAUCCACAAGUGUAUGUAAUUCAGUGCUUUGUUUCUUUUUA